AUGACGUGGGUCUGCAGAGAACCUCAGUAUAAUUUCAUUCAGCGUUGUUGUAUGCGCAUUCUGAAGUGUGGCCCGAUUCCGAAACAUGUGGGCUUUAUCAUGGAUGGAAAUCGGCGUUAUGCAGACCGGAAAAACUUGCCUUGUUCUGAUGGGCAUACGCAUGGGUUCCUGAAGUUGUGGUGCAAAGAUUUUGGGGUGGAAGAACUCUCUGUAUACGCAUUCAGCAUAGAAAACUUCAAACGCAAACAGUCCGAAGUCACCUUCCUCUUCCAAUUGGCAUCUGAAAAACUCCAGGAGUUACUUAGCAAACGGUUUUGUUUCAGACUAUCUUCCAUUGACGUUUUUGCAAUUCCGUUCGGUUUUAGUGACAUUGAUCCACAACUACUUUCUGGUUGUUUGCACUCGCGAAUGUCGCGACCAUUGGACCUGCUGAUUCGCACGUCUGGCGAGGUGCGCUUGAGUGAUUUUUUGGUUUGGUCUGCGGCUACCAGUGGCACAGUGCACAAAUUCGUUGGAGACUUUUGGCCAGAUUUCUCGUUCUGGGAGUUCGCCCAAGCUAUUUUGUACUAUCAACUCGCGAACACGUAUCUUUCUGUGAGUGUCGUUCAAACAGACAUCAUAUCUGAUCUAAAACCCUUGUAG